AGACGAAAACCUCCGACGGAGGCGUGUGGAGUGCGCACGAAAGGGAGGAACAAUGAGGAGCCUCGAAUAGGCUGUUUUCCAAUUCCACAGCUUUGCCUGGAUGACUACACGCUGCGUUAUGCGAAUGCGUUCCCGGAGGAACUCGAAAGGGCGAAAGCAAGGGCCGAGAAUCGGUUGUCCUCGCAAGAACGAGGAGAGCGAGGAGGUGGAUUGGAGCACGGAAGUGAAACGCGUUUCCACGGCCUUGACACGAACCGCUUGAGUAAAAGCCGGCCGAAUAUAGCAGCUCAAGAGAAUCGUGUGGAUAACGAACCGGUAACGCUUCUAGCGCUUACAACAACUGCUACGACGACCAUAAAUCCACUUAUCAGCCGAGAUGAGGAGGCCAAUCAAGUCUCUCCACCGUUCGCUACUGCUUCUUCCAAUUCAAGCACUAAGGAGUUUAAAGCAGACUUUCAAGAUAUCACUGCAGAAACCACACUCACCACCGCCAUACCCGAAACUACAAGCAAAAUCUCCGCCUUAGCCGGGACUUCCACGCCUACAGUACCCCUUACAGUACCCACCCUGCUGCCUACAGAUCAUCACGAUAAAGCCCAUGAUGCUCCAACCUUAACGGGCUCAACGACAGAUGAAGAACUAGCAGCUGUGAAAGCCUCUACCCGAGCUGAAAAAGGAGAGACCGAGUUUGUCCCUGAGGAGUUGAACGAAGAAGAUAAAGAGGAGGAAGAAGUACGCGAUAUUCCAAAGCAAAAACGUAAAGGUCACCAUUUCUUUGGAACGACAACGGUUCCUACCACGACGACCACGAUUCCCACCACGGCAACACCAAAACCUUGUAAA